AGCGGAAGGAGGACGAAAGCGAGCGAGACACACACACAACAGUGACACCACCACAGGCGAGGAGAGGCAGCAGACCAAAUAGAGUGGAGAGCAGCCAGCAGCAAGGCUGCUGAGCCGGCGGCAGCUGAGCUAGAGCAUCUGCCAGCAGCAGCAGCAGAAGCAGCUAGCAACAAGGCUGAAUCCGAGGGGAAGGCUCGCCGCAACCGUGGCUGCCGUCGCCGGCGCUGCAGCCGGCGCUGCCGCCGCCGCCGCCUGUGAGAGGCGCUCGCCUUAUAUUUGCGACAAGGGGGACCCCCGCGCGGCGAAGGAGCUGACAGCUGGUCCCGCCCUGUGAUGGCUGCUGCCCGCGCGCCGGCGGCGAGGGGAGGCGUGGGUACUCCGGAGGCGGCGGCGAGGAGGGGCGGCGGUCUCCGCGCGAAGCAGGCCGGGCGCGCCAGCUGCCGCGGCGCCUAGAGCGAGCGGCGGUCUCCCUCGCGGUCUGAGCCGGAGCUAGGGUUUUGGCGCGGAGUGUGCUGGGGUUCUAGCUGAGCGACGGGAGGAGAAGGGGGAAGGGAGAUGGCGGUCGGGGACGCGCUGCGGCGGCUGUGCGAGGAGAUUGGGUGGUCCUACGCCGUCUUCUGGAAGGCCAUCGGCGCCGCCGACCCCGUGCAUUUGGUGUGGGAGGACGGCUACUGUGGCCACACGUCAUGCCCUGUCGGAUCUGAGCCUUCUGAAGCUCUGCCCAGUGACACCGGGUGCUCUGUUUUUGCUGCUGACACCAUCUGCUCGCUUGUUAACAAAGUUAUGGCGUCGGAGGUUCAUGUCGUUGGACAAGGGACCGUAGGCCGUGCUGCGUUCAGUGGCAAUCAUCAAUGGAUCGUCCAUGGUACUGCCAAUGGUCACGGGCUCUCCUCCGAGGUCGCUGCUGAGAUGAACAAUCAGUUCAGAGUUGGCAUUCAGACUAUUGCGAUUAUUCCCGUACUACCACGGGGUGUACUGCAGUUGGGCUCUACUGGUUUGGUUAUGGAGAACACAAAUUUUGUUAUGUUUGCAAAGAAGUUGUGUUCUCAGCUAAACAACCGUUCAAGUAUGGCUGCAUCUGCUUCGGUUAAAAAUGCUUCAAGUCAGCAUGGUCAAUCACGUCCUGUACACGGUAUGUUUCAUGUUCGCUCUGAUGACAGCAGCUCAAGAAUCUGCAGUAAAUUCCCAGUGACUUCUGACCAAAACAGCUGUCCUGAAAGUGCAACUGUGUCAACUAGCACACUACCAAAUUCAUCUUUGCUUAAGGUUGCGCAACAGAAUGGUCAUCCUGUCGUAGAGAACUUUGUCUAUGCCAAGCCUGAUAUUAGGUUUAUACAACAAGCAUCCUACUGCGGCAGCCGACUUCGGAGUAAUGCACAGAGUGUUGCUAUGAGCUCUGGUUUGAUCUCCCCUGGCUUGACCUCGAUGAAAAAGCAGUCACUUUUGAUGAACAGCAGUGGGCAGUUAGAAUUCAGUAAUAAUGCGCAUUCAUCAGCAGAUCUGGCAAGAAAUGUCAUUUUGAGAUCCCUUGUGCGACAAGACCCUUCGGUCCGUGAAAAUACAGAUAUCAAUAUACAUCAUGGAAGAUAUGUAGUAUCCAAUGAUAUAAAUGGUCCUGGGGAUUUUGAUUUUCUACCUGUAGGUGCCAGAUCAAGCAGGGCUAACUUAUGUACUAGUGUACCGAGUCAAGUAUUAGACCACACUCCAGGAACAUUACAGCAGAAACAAUCUCAAGUUCCAUCCAAGGUUCCCCAAUCUUCUGGAAUCUCUAAGAAAAUGGAGAAUCCUGAAAGAGGGUCAUUUCGAGUUCCUUCAGCUCCAGCUUCUGAAUCUGAUGGCCAGGUUUCUAACAGCUUGAACGUGGGCCAAGAUAAUCAAUUAAGUAGGUCAAACCAUUUACGACCUGACCAAAAGAUUAAUAGAGUUAAUGAUCCAAGCGUUAGUGUCAAGAACCUGGAUGCAUGCGAGCUCCCAGGAAUGCCUAGUGAGAGAGCUUCCUCAUUGCUUCUGGAGCCUGCUGCAGAUAAUGACUUGUUUGGUAUGUUUGGUGCUGAAUUUAAUCAGUUCACCCACAGUGUGGGUGCUGAUCUGGUCACCUGGAGUGGUGCAGAGUCUCAGAAUUCAGAUAGAAAUGUGCCUGAAUCUUCGAUAUAUCUAGAUAGCUCACCCCUCUUCAGUUCACUAGACACUGAUCUGCACUGUUCUGGGAUGUUUUCACUAACUGAAACUGAUCAACUAUUGGAUGCUGUCAUCUCAAACAUCAAUCCAAGUGGCAAACAGUGUCCCGAUGACAGUGCUUCUUGCAAGACUGCAUUGACGGAUGUUCCUAGCACAUCUCAUCUUGGUCCAGUAGACUUGAAGUGCUGUGAGACCUCCGGCGUCCCUUCAAUACUAAUCAAGCCCGAGUCAGCACAAUCUGUUAAACAACCAUGUUUCCUUGAGAAGUCUGAGGAUGGUUGUCUUUCCCAUAAUAAUGGAAUGCACAAAUCUCAGAUACGUCUUUGGAUUGAGAGUGGUCAGAACAUGAAAUGUGAAAGUGCGUCAGCUUCUAACAGCAAGGGUGUUGAUACGCCAAGCAAGGCAAAUCGAAAGAGAUCUCGGCCAGGAGAGAGUCCUAAGCCGCGACCAAAGGACCGACAGCUGAUACAGGACCGUAUAAAGGAGCUUCGUGAACUUGUACCAAAUGGAGCAAAGUGUAGCAUUGAUGGUUUGUUGGAGAAAACAGUUAAGCACAUGCUUUUCUUACAAAGCGUGACAAAGAAUGCUGACAAGCUCAAGGAUUCUACUGAAUCUAAGAUACUUGGUGGUGAAAAUGGACCCCUUUGGAAGGACUACUUCGAAGGUGGGGCAACCUGGGCUUUUGAUGUUGGCUCUCAGUCAAUGACAUGCCCAAUCAUCGUUGAGGAUCUUGACCGGCCUCGUCAGAUGCUUGUGGAGAUGCUUUGCGAAGAUAGAGGAAUCUUCUUGGAGAUAGCUGACUUUAUUAAAGGACUUGGAUUGACUAUCUUGAGGGGUGUAAUGGAAAUGCGCAAAAGUAAAAUCUGGGCACGAUUUACUGUCGAGGCAAACCGGGACGUAACCAGAAUGGAAAUCUUUCUAUCGCUUGUACGCCUAUUAGAACCAAACUGUGAUGGCAGUGGAGCAGCAGAGAACACUAACAACAUGAACAAACCUCUUGGUUUGGCGCACCAACCUGUUAUCCCCGCAACAGGUGGCAUCCAGUAAGUGAAGUGGAGCAAACUCUCAAGCAUCUUCCAAAGUGCUAAGAGCAGGAGGUGUUCAGCGAACUUCUGCUAUGACUAGCAUCACCAAAAUGUCAGUGCACCACCUGCUUCGCUGUGACCUCAUAAUCUGGGCAAAUGUGGCAUCCUCCGCGCCUGAUCGCAAAAAGUCUUGACACAAGAUGCAUGGACGAAGAAAGAGUGACCAAUAGGCAGCGUUCUGUUUGUAUGAUCUUAGCUUGUUUAUUAGUUAGUUAGCACUGUUUGGUCGUACAAUAGUGGAUUUUUUUGUACUGUUAUUCAGAAUGGAAAUUCUUGAGUUGAUUUAUUUCACACAAAAAAAAGAUGGGAUACCAGCUUUACAAGUC